UGUGAUUUCAGUAGAUUGAUUUGAUUUUGUAUUUAUCAUCAAUGAACAAAUAAAUUGGUGAUGCCUUUGAAAGAAAAUUGGAAUUUCUUGCAUAUCUCAAACAUCAAAUCCUAAGUGAAUUCUUGAUGUGUGGAUUAUCACUAUUGCUUCCAAACAAUUGCUCAGUGUCAACUCAAGUUGCAUAAUCUUAAAUCUUCCCUGGGCUUGCAAUUCUUAGGUAGAGAAAGUCCUGAGAGUUACAGUAUGAGGUUGCUGUGUAAUACACAACAUUUGCUAAUGGCAAAUGUAUACCACAUCCAGAUUACCAAAUGGGUACCACAUCUAGCUUAUCAUGAAUUUCAGUUUGUCUAUUGUAAGUUGAAUUAGGUUGGAUGAUGGCUAGUUACUCAAGCCACAACAGAGGACAAAGAGAGGUGUUAAACUUGUAAGAUAUUGAAAAAUCUAAUGAAGCCAUAUAAAUUAGGCUUAGGUCUGUCAACCAUCCAACCCCAAGAAAAAUAUUUCAUAUUUUUACCAGAUUCACUUUGUGGUUGCAGCUUAGCAUAAUCUAUCUAGAGUAUUAAUGGAUAAGUACAUUAGAUCUGGAAGUUGGGGGUAGAAUCAGGGUACUGACAGAAAUUGGCAUAUCACAUGAUGAUAAGGAUUUGAAGCUGAAAUGUACAGAUGUUCUUAAAGUUAGGUUGCAGAUGCAACUUGUUGGUGGAAGAGGUCCCUUGAAUGGAAUGGGACAGAUUUUUGUUGAAGUGGUGAAGAAAGAAGGACCUAAGUCUUUGUAUCUGGGAUUGAUGCCAGCAUUGACAAGGUCGGUUCUGUAUGGAGGUCUCCGUUUAGGGUUGUAUGAACCUUCAAAAUAUGUGUGCAAGUGGGCUUUUGGGUCAACUAAUCUAUUGCUUAAGAUUGCAUCUGGAGUAUUCUCUGGUGCCCUAGCUACUGCGCUGACCAAUCCAAUGGAAGUUCUAAAGGUGCGCUUGCAGAUGAAGUCAAACUCGAGAAGAGGAGCAAUUGGUGAAAUGUGUAAAAUUAUAUCAGAAGAGGGAAUAAAAGCUCUUUGGAAGGGAGUUGGCCCUGCUAUGGUCAGGGCCGGUGCUUUGACUGCAUCACAGCUAGCAACAUAUGAUGAAACCAAGCAGAUUUUAAUGAGGUGGACACCUCUUGAAGAAGGAUUUCAUCUGCAUCUCAUCUCAAGCACAGUUGCUGGAGGAUUGAGUACCCUUAUUACUGCACCCAUGGACAUGAUUAAAACCCGUCUCAUGUUGCAACGAGAAUCUAAAGUAGCUGGGAGCUAUAAAAAUGGAUUUCAUUGCGCAUACCAGGUAAUACUUACUGAAGGCCCCAGGGCACUUUACAAAGGGGGCUUUGCAACCUUUGCAAGAUUGGGUCCGCAGACUACAAUCACCUUUAUCCUCCUGGAGAAGCUGAGAGAGUUUGCUGGACUGAAUGCCAUCUAGUCCAUGAGAUUGUGCAUCUGCAACUAUCCAUGUCAUUACAUAUACCUCUCUUAUUUGAAGUCCGGGUUGAGAAAAUUCGCCUGGUUAUAAUUUUCCCCUUCCAUUUUUUGGGUGAUUUGGAUUGACAUCUCUCACGAGGAGACCCAAAAUUUAAUGGGUUCUUCCUAAAAGGGUUUAGAUAGCACCACCCAUACUUAAGGGGCACCGUAUUCUUUCUUCAUCACCCCCACUUUUCUUCAGGGUGUAGCUGUAUCCCAUUCAGCGGAAUUCUCGGCAAUUGUUGUACCUGUUAUGCUAUUGUAGUUGUCAUCAACCUAACAAUAAAAAGAUUUGUGACUUGUUAAAGGAUUUGUGACUUUUUCGUUUC